UCACCUCACCUCACCUCACCACCAAUUAAUUACUGUAAGAUUAAACAACGCCGGAGGGAGCGGAGAGGGGAAACAAAACAAAAGCCUUGCCUUGCUCCUCCUCCGGGCGGGCGAUUCGGCUCCGGCGCCGCAAGGUGCUUCGCUUCGCUUCUCGCCUUGCUCCGAUCCUUGGCCUGCCCGCCUCCCCGGGCCGUCGCCGUCGUCCCUCUGCGGCUCCACCAGGGUCCGCUGCUCGGCUCCAAGCAAGCUAGGCGCCAUUCCUGGGCUCCGCCUCUCGAUUUCCCCACCUACGCCGGACCAGGUCAAUUGCUAUAUCAGCCACACUUUUAAGCGUUGAAGGUCACCACUAGCCCAUUGGCUCGAUGGGCGUCGAGGAGCAACAUGUGCAGCAACCAGACAGUGGGGGAAAGCCUGAUGCCGUCAAGCCACCAACUCCGGUACACGGUCAUAAACCAAGCAACCCCCGUAUAUCAACCUGCAGCGCCGACAAGGACGACGGCCUCUCUCUUUGCCGGGUGUGCCACUGCGUGGAGCCUGAUCUGAGAGGCGAGUCUGCUCUGGGUUUCCUAGGCAUUGUACCGCCUUCGCCAGACCCCUCGGUCGACAAGGACCCAAGCAAUGACACCACCAAAACUUCCACCAGCAAGGAUGCUCCCAAGUUUCUCGAGUUCAUAAGCCCCGAGGGGGAGAUCUUCAAGUGCGCCACCGACAUCGAAUCAGGCCAUUUGCAGCGGCAAGACGACGUCGUGAACCUCGGAUGCUCUUGCAAGAACGAGCUCGCCCUCGCGCACUACGCGUGCGCGCUCAAGUGGUUCAUCAGCCACGGGUCCACCGUGUGCGAGAUUUGCGGAAAUGUCGCUACAAACGUGAGGCCCGAGGAUUUCAACAUGGUGCUCGCCUCCUUGAAGGACUACGAAGCUCUGAGGGAAAGGACGUCUACCGGGGAUCUCUCCUACUUGCACUACAGGGCGGACGCGUUCGUCGAUCCGGUCGCCCUUGCCGCAGUACGGAGACAGCGGCUUUGUGAGAUAUCAUCAUGGUUCAACCCUCACAAUACACAUUUCGUGUUUUCUCAGAGGCACAAUGAAGAAGUGCCAGUUAGCCCAAGUAAUAAUUCUGUAGACUAUAGUGUUACGGCUGCGAGGGCAGCACAUGCGAGGCGGAAGUUUGGGAGUAGUGGAGCAUUUGUUGCUAUCGCUCUGGGUUUUGUUCUUCUUGCAUGGUUUGUUGCUCCACAUGUUGGCAAGAGAGCGGCUGCAAUCAUUCUUCAUAUGCUUCUGGGAGGCCUCUGCUCACUGACUAUAAUAAUCUCACUAAGAUUUGUUAGUCUUCCCGAGGAUCCAGUUUGGGUCGAUCCGAUGCUGGGCGAUCCUGUUCGUGUCCUGGUUCCUCGUGUUUGGAGUGUGGGCCUCUCGAACCCGCACCGCCCGCCGCGCGUCAUGAUGAUAUCGAGUGUGCCCUCAGUCAGUCGUCGUCAGGAAUUAGGACCGCGUCGCAAGAGUAGCGUCCACGAGAGCGUUAGGUACCGCACCCCUGUCUAUAUUCGCCGCGAGCUAUACCAUGGACGUACUAUUUUUUCUUUAGCUGGAGUAUGUGAGAUGUACAACAUGUUUGGGCAAGAAAACAAGGGGAGUUAUGUUACUGAGUGUUGUGGUUUCAGACAUAGCUGGAGUAGUACUGGUCUGGUCAGUGUUGCAAAACAAUACAGUAAUGUGUGUAUAUAUUUAGCUUUUUCUUGAUUGAAAA